AUGAGCUCAAGACUACUGAGUUUAUCUCCCGUUCUCUUUUCUGUCCUAUUUCAUGUGGGCUUUAUAGUACUGGCAUGUACUGCAUUUGGCUUCACAAAUGAAACAGACAAACAAGCCUUGCUAGCCAUCAAGGAUAAUAUUCCUGGGGAUCCCUUUAGGGUCCUUAGCUCAUGGAAUGAUUCUAUUAACUUCUGUGAUUGGCAAGGAGUUAUUUGUAGUCGUCGGCAUCAGAGAGUGGCCAUCCUAAGCUUGUCUUCGAUAAACUUGGUGGGUUCCAUUUCUCCUCAUAUAGGAAACCUUACCUUUCUUAGAGACAUCUAUCUCAACAACAACAGCUUCCAUGGCACCAUUCCCCAAGAAAUUGGUCAAUUGUCACGAUUGCAACAGCUUUGGCUUAACAUAAACUCUUUCCAAGGUGAGUUCCCUACCAAUUUGACUCGUUGCUUAAAUUUGAGAGUCGUCAACAUAUCUGGAAACAAUCUUGUAGGAAAAAUUCCUAUGGAACUAGGGUCAUUGUCUAAUCUCUUAAACUUGAGUCUUUCCAAGAAUCAUUUCAGUGGCAAGAUCCCACCUUCACUUGGGAAUCUUUCUGCUCUUCGUACACUUGUUCUAAAUUAUAACAAUCUGGAGGGAAGCAUUCCUUUCGAACUUGGCCAGCUUUCUCACUUACAGUCUCUUGGAUUGUCUUCUAACAACUUGUCCGGUGUGGUUCCUAACCCAUUUUACAAUAUCUCAUCCAUCAAUUACUUUGUCCUAUCUUCUAACCAAUUGCGUGGAACUCUCCCUCCAGAUUUGGGGUUGACCCUUCCAAAUUUACAAAUAUUGUAUUUGGGAAACAACCAAUUCACUGGGACUAUUCCCCCAUCAUUAGUCAAUGCCUCAAGACUAGUGAAAAUUGAUACCACUGUGAAUGCCUUAAUUGGGCCUGUGCCAAUGAAUUUGGGAAGCCUUCUUUAUCUACAAUGGCUAACCAUUGGAAGUAAUGCACUUGGAGCUAAGAAAGACAACGACUUGACCUUCAUCAAUUCCUUAAUCAAUUGUACAAAUCUAAGGCUUCUGUAUUUAAAUGACAACGGUUUUGGGGGUGUGCUACCCAAUUCCAUUGUGAAUCUAUCAACCAAGCUCACCGAGCUAAUGAUGGAUCAAAACUACAUAUAUGGAAGCAUACCACAAGGGAUUGAAAAUCUCAAGAAUUUAGAGCUUUUAUCAUUAAAUCAGAACAUGCUCACAGGCAGCAUUCCUGAAACCAUUGGUCAAGUCUCUAUGUUGGCAGAACUCUACAUUUAUGAAAAUAACAUUUCUGGAAAAAUUCCAACAUCUAUUGGCAAUAUUUCUCAGUUAAAUGUUUUUUCCUCAAGAAAAAAUAUGCUAGAGGGAAGCAUACCGGUUUCUUUGGGUUCUUGCAAAAACUUACAGGUAUUGGAUGUUGGAUACAAUCGUCUCAUUGGGCCAGUACCGGAACAAGUUCUCGAUCUUUCUUCCCUUUCAAUAGCUCUCUUAUUAAGUCAUAAUCAGUUAACUGGUCCAUUGCCCCCACAAGUAGGUGACUUGAAAAAUCUAGCACAGUUAGAUAUUUCAGAAAACAAACUGUCAGGAGAGAUCCCAAGCAGUAUUGGAAAUUGUCUAGUUUUGCAAUUAUUGCAUAUGGAGGGUAACCUUCUUGAAGGUACCAUUCCGUCAUCUUUGAAGCAAUUGAGAGGUAUUGAAGUUCUAGAUCUUUCACGUAAUAAUUUGUCCGGAGAGAUUCCAAGGUUUUUAGGAGAGUUCUCAUUCAUUCAGAAUCUCAACCUUUCAUAUAAUUCAUUUGAGGGUGAAGUUCCAUCUGAAGGAGUGUUCAUGAAUGCUACCGCGUUUUCAAUUUUGGGAAAUAACAAGCUUUGUGGAGGAAUCAAGACAUUGGAAUUGCCUGAAUGUCCUGUGAAAGUCUCAGAUAAAAAAGAAAAGUUGUCUGCUCGUGGAUUAAUGAUAAUUAUUGUGAUUAGUACCACUCUUUCUCUUACAUUGUUAAUAGCAUGUUUUUGUGCUAUUCUUUGUCUAAACAGAAAGACAAAAGCAAGAUCAUAUCCGGACCAUCAGUUGGGAAAUUGGUAUCCAACACUCUCUUACGCACAACUUCUUCAAGCUACCAAUGGAUUCUCUUCAGCCAAUUUGAUUGGUGAGGGGAGAUAUGGUUCCGUUUAUAAAGGAAUUCUCAAUUUUGGUGAACAAGUUGUUGCUGUAAAGGUACUCAAUCUCCAACAACAUGGAGCCAACAAGAGUUUCUUGGCUGAAUGUGAAACAAUGAAGAACAUUCAACACCGCAAUCUCCUCAAGAUCAUCACAUCUUGCUCAAGCAUAUGUUUUAAUGGAAAUGAUUUCAAGGCUUUGGUCUUUGAGUUCAUGCCAAAUGGGAGUUUAGAGAGUUGGUUAUACCCAAAUUUCUCUGAUCAACAGAAUUCAAAGUACUUGGAUCUAAUCGCAAGGUUAAACAUCGCCAUUGAUGUGGCCUCCGCAUUGGAAUAUCUUCACCAUCAUUGCGGGACAACAAUCAUUCAUUGUGAUCUAAAGCCAAGCAAUGUUCUUCUAGACAAUAAGCUAUGUGCCCAUGUAGGUGAUUUUGGUCUGGCAAGAUUUCUUCCAACGACCAUUGGUAAAUCUGAUCAUACACAGUCUACUUCAUCAACUGCGGUUAGAGGAACAAUCGGUUACGUGGCACCAGGUAAUCAAUUACUGUCUUAAAUUUCCUGCUUAGUCUUAUGUAUUCCAAUACAU